AUGGCCUCCCUACGGCGCAUUACUGUAGCCACAAGCUCGGCGAUCAUCCGACUGACGGCCUUCGCGUUUCUGCGAUGGAUUCCUGGCCACCAUUUCGUGCCUCUGGUGGUUACUUCUCUAGUGGUGUACCUAUCGUCAAUAUUCUCCUUGCUCAAGGACACCCAACCUCAAAACCAAGCAGCUAAAGCCCGAGGCUCGAACAGGUAUAAGUCAGAAACUAGCUGUGCUAAAGCCGGCGGUUCCGUGCUUACGCUAACACUUGACUUCUUGACCCGUGGUAUUCUACUGUAUCCUACCACAGAUGUCGCAUUUUCGCGCAUUGGAUAUGUGUCCCCAACUACUGCCAACUUGGUCUUUCGCGAGCCAGACUCGGCUCAUCUACCAGUGGCGGUUAUGUUCCAAGAGGUCUCUGAAACGAGCCAGGACUGGUACGAAGAGGGCAUCGUCUACAAGGUGGAUAACUCCACCGACUUCACUACGACGGUGAGCAUAACCGACCUGAAGCCAGCGACGCACUAUCGUUACUCGCUGUCUAACAGCCAAUCUGGCACAUUUACCACGGCGCCAGAGCCCGAAACCCCUGAAGCAAGCCGGCUGUCUUUUGUAACAUCAAGUUGUCUGAAGCCAAACUUCCCUUACAACAUACUAUCACACCCACUACGGAUCCCAGGCCUCGAGCAAAUGACCGACGCUCUCGCCAAACUGCCCAAGCGACUUCGCCCAGCAUUCAUGCUCUUCCUAGGCGACUUCAUAUACAUAGAUGUCCCCUGGCGCUUCGGCUCAACAAUGUCGCACUAUCGCAGCGAAUACAGACGCAUCUACUCAUCCCCCUCCUGGACCCACGGCCCAGAAGAAAAUCGCGCCAUCGACCUCCCCUGGCUGCACACCCUCGACGACCACGAGAUCGAAAACGACUGGUCGCAGGGCAACAAAACCGCCCCGUAUCCUGCAGCAGCAGACCCCUUCAUCCACUACCACGUGCGAGCAAACCCACCUAUCCCCGCCGCACCCUUCGCCCAUCCAGACAACGUAACCUACUUCGCCUUCACGCAGGGCCCAGCCUCAUUCUUCAUGCUAGACACACGUACCUACCGCACCGAGCCCUCGCACAAGAACUCAACCAUCCUCGGCCUUCCCCAACUCCAAUCCCUCCUCGCGUAUAUCUCAACCCCAGAGCCAGCAGGCAUACACUGGAAAAUCAUCUCCUCCAGUGUGCCCUUCACCAAGAACUGGCACGUCGGUACCACAGAUACCUGGGGCGGAUUCCUGGACGAGCGUCGCACAGUCUUUGAAGCAAUGUGGCGCGCAGAGCGCGAGCUGGGAAUCCGUAUCGUUCUGCUUAGCGGUGACAGACAUGAAUUCGGUGCUACUAGAUUCCCGGACCCAGAACUUAACCUAGGUCGCGAUCAGCUUCUGCCUAAUACGGCUGGAAUGGGAGUGCAUGAGUUCAGUGUUGGCCCAUUGAGCAUGUUUUACCUCCCCAUCCGUACGUACCACCAGACAGACGCCGAGGAUGUUAUGGUGAAGUAUGCGCCGAAUGGGAAUAGUAAGUUCGGGCUUAUUGAUAUUGCGGAUGUUGUUGAAGACGUUGGUUCGAGUGCUGCUCCGCCUGUCCGGGCUCGCAGCUCGGUUCUUACGUACUCGUUGUAUGUGGAUGGGGAGGUUGUUUGGAAGUAUCGUCUCAGCGUUCCAUUGGAUCGUGAUGCGAGUGUCCAUGGCCCUUCAAUGCCACCGGGUCAGGUGGUUCAGGAUGAGAUUCCGGAUCUCAGUUGGAGUGUGGUACUUGGGACUGUUGUCGGACGGGUGCCGGAGUUGACGAAGUGGAUUGUUGAAACGGUUAACGAUCUCUACUUUCAACUUGCGGAUAGACUGCGGAAGAUUGAGAGACUUGAUUAG